AUGGCUUCGUCGUCGUUCCGCAAUUCUAUCAACUCACUUGGAUGGGCGCGUCGCGACACCGACCUCCCAGUUCACACUUCUCGACAAACCGGUCUCUUCUCGUCGCUUCAGUCGUUAAAUCCGUUUGGUGGCCGGGGUUAUGUUCAACUUCCAACAACCGAGGGCCCCGGGGCUCCCUUACCAGCACCCAGUCGUCGCGAGGAGGAGGAGGGGUGGUUUGCAUUGAGCCGAUGGGACCGACUCUUGAUAUUUGCUGCUUGCAAUAUUGCCGCGCUAGUCUGCUUCGUUCUUGUUAUUGCUCUCUUUCCGGCCCUGAGUCUUGCAAGACCACGUAAGCUCAUGCUCUUGUGGACACUGGGCUCUAUUCUCUUCCUUUCCUCCUUCGCCGCUGUUAUGGGUCCAUGGGCAUACGUGCAGCACUUGACUUCGACGCCGAGGCUGCCCUUCACUGCUGCCUACUUUGGCUCCUUGGGGUUGACCAUUUACUUUUCGAUCGGUCUCCAAAGUACAAUCCUCACGAUAUUGUCAGGCCUUAUUCAACUUGGUUGCCUAAUCUGGUAUCUGGUCAGCUACUUUCCCAUGGGAUCGAGCGGCCUUCGCCUUGUGAGCAGUUUUGGUGCGCGCAGAGCCGCGACUUGGAUGACCGGGUAGAAAAAGGCGUUAGCCAUGCGAUGUAUCAGACACCCCUUGUUGUUGGAUUUUUUAAUUGCUGCUGAGGUUCUCAUCCUCGGGUUGUAUGAAUAAUAGACGUAUGAUAUUAUUGGAUUAUUGUUGACGUUAUCGGUUAUGUAUGAGGCGACGUCCUGCUUAAUCUUGACCAA